AAAAUGGUAAUAGGCCAAUGCAAUAUAAGGUAGGACGCAAAAACACGCAAGUUAGUGUCGUACUUUUCGCCGCCAUGUUUCUUAUAUUCGCGUUUGCCGUUUUUAGCACUUUCCUGGCACAAGGAAGUGCUACUGGUUACUAUUGGAGAGACUACGAUGGAUUCAUUCCACCAGAUGCUUUCGUUGCAGCUCGAGAUGAUUAUGGCAACCCAAUUUACAUCGGGCAAGUUUUGCACAGCGACAAAUUAAUUCCGGCAAAAAUUUUGCACAACGAUCGGGCCGCAUACUACGAACUUGACAACAAGGAAUAUGAAAAGAAGGAAAACGUCAAGAUCUUUUGUACAAAAGAUCCGGCGCAGUUCGAGUGGAUACCCACCAGUUCCCAAGAGCUCAAUACCAUUACUGGUAAAUUUUUAGUUAAGGGUGGCUAUCAGCCAAACUCCUCGACCUACAUCGGUAGGACUACGAGCGUUGGGGAGACUGUGCUAGGAAAGGUGAUUGCCGAUACGUCAAAGGAUGCAUUACACGUUACCCAAAAGGGAAAGUCACACAGCUUUACCACCUUUGAGGUGCUUUCGUGCAAACAAAAGGCAAAAAAUGACCAAGUCACUACUAUUGUAGUGAAAAGCGUUGACUGAUGGGAAAUGUCGUUUAGGUUCCAAAUUAAAACACUCUUUCGGCCA